UCAACUUUGGGGAUGAAAAAUUAUUUCCGAUAAUUUGGGAAUGAAACGGAAGCAAAAUGACCAUCUGCUAUUAAUAAUAAUUAGAAACAUCGCGCGUCGGAUUGCAGAUAUCAGGCAGAAUAGGAACGAUGUGGAGCAUUUGUCGCAGUAAAACCCCCUUGCAAAGAACGGAUGUGGAGCAUUUGUCGCAGUAAAACCCCCUUGCAAAGAACGGCAGGCAGACUAGGAGGAAGAGGAAGAAGAUCAGAGAAGAAAGACGACGACGACGGUCUCUCUCCUCUCCUAUUCCCCCUUUCCCAUCUGCAGUUAUGGAAGCCGCAAGAAGUCGAACGACAUGGGCAGUAAAAGAUCCCCUUUUGAAUGAUUUUGAUGGCUAGGAGUUGCAGAAGAAGAAGAAAGAACUCGCAUUUCGACGACCCCGAUUUCCAGGACGAAUUUUAGAGCAUUCUACUAGAAAAAGUUGAUCUUUUAGUAGAUUUUUUUUUCUUUUUUGGCAAAAGAAGAGAUUGAACUCCCAUUGCUUUGCCAUCGCCAUUAUUGAGGAACGGGUUCAAGAAUUUAGGGUUGAAAGUUCCCUUCUUGCUGGUAAAAUUAUUAUCGAAAUCUUUUUCCUCUGGGAGUUGGAGAAGAAGAGGCCGACAAGAUGAUGGGCGAUGGCGGAGUAAAGCAGAUACUGGCGAAGCCAAUCCAGUUGGCGGACCAGGUGACCAAGUGGGUGGACGACGCGCACUCGUUCCGGCAGGAGUGCAUGGAGAUGAAAGCAAAGACGGAGCGGUUGGCGGGGAUGCUCCGGCAGGCGGCGCGGUCGGAACUCUACGAGCGGCCGGCCCGCCGCAUCAUGAACGACACCGAACAGGUGCUCGACAAGGCGCUUGCUCUCGUCCUCAAGUGCCGCGCCAACGGCUUUAUCCGCCGCAUUUUCACCAUCAUCCCCGCCGCCGCUUUCAAGAAGAUGUCCACGCAGCUCGACAACUCCGUCGGCGACGUCUCCUGGCUCAUCCGCGUCUCUUCCUCUGCCGGUGGCUCCGACGACGACAUCCAUCUUGGCCUUCCCCCCAUCGCCCAGAACGAGCCUAUUCUUUUCCUGAUCUGGGAGCAGAUUGCCACUCUCCUCACCGGCUCUCUGGAUUCUCGUGCUGACGCCGCCGCCAGCCUCGUCUCCCUCGCCCGCGACAACGAACGCUACGGCAAGCUUAUCAUUGAGGAGGACGGCGUCGGUCCCCUCCUCCGUCUCAUCAAGGAAGGGCGCCUCGAGGGUCAGGAGAGCGCCGCCCACGCCAUCGGCCUCCUCGCCCGUUACCCCGACAGCGUCGAGGCGAUGGUCCUCGCCGGCGUAUGCUCUACUUUCGCGAAAGUCCUCAAGGAGGGCCCUAUGAAGGUCCAGGCCAUGGUCGCUUGGUCCGUGUCGGAGCUCGCCGCCAGCCACCCCAAGUGCCAGGAUGUCUUCGCGCAGAACAACGUCGUCCGCCUUCUCGUAGGCCACUUGGCCUUCGAGACCGUGCAAGAGCACAGCAAGUACACCAUCCCCUCCAAGGGGCUGUCCAUCCAUUCCGUCGUCAUGGCUAAUAGCACCACUUCCACCGAGGUCUCCAGUGACCCCGUUGCCGCCGUUCCUGACACAUCUGACCAACCAGUCGUCCAACAUCCCGCCGCCUCCCAACUGCAGAGCGCCAACCAAAACCAGAUGCAUUCCGUUAUCCAGUCCACCAUGACAACCAAAACCAACAAGCUCCCCACCAAUUCCAACACCCACAACCUCCCAGCCGCCGGCAACGGCAAACACCACCCUGUCUCCUUGGCCGGCGCCAGCAUCAAGGGGCGCGAGUUUGAGGACCCCGCCACUAAGGCCUACAUGAAGGCCAUGGCCGCCAAGGCCCUGUGUCAGCUCUGCAAGGGCAAUCCCUCCGUCUGUAAAAGCGUCACCGAAUCCAGAGCUCUCCUCUGCUUUUCAGUUCUCAUCGAAAAAAGCACUGACGAGGUACAAUAUAAUUCCGCUAUGGCCUUAAUGGAGAUCUGUCGUGUCGCCGAGCAGGAUUCCGACCUACGACGAUCCGCCUUCAAGCCAAGUUCACCUGCAGCCCGUGCAGUGGUCGACCAACUCCUCAGGAUAGUGCACAAAGCCGACGAUGACCUCCUCGUGCCCUGCAUUGUCGCUUUGGGCUGCUUGUCAAGGACCUUUCGGGCCACCGAAACCAGGAUCAUAGCCCCAUUAGUGAAGUUACUCGAUGAGACAGAGUCUAUCGUUGCAAAAGAGGCUGCCAUUGCCCUGACUAAAUUUGCUUCUUCGGACAACUACCUUCACCUCGACCAUUCCAAGGCAAUCAUCAAGACGGGAGGCACCAAACAUCUAGUGCAGCUGGUUUACUUUGGCGAGCAUUUGGUCCAGAUUGCAGCACUGAUAUUGUUGUGCUACAUCGCCCUCCAUGUCCCUGAUAGCGAGGCACUGGCGCAGGCUGAGGUGCUGACGGUGCUUGAGUGGGCUUCCAAGCAAAGCUACAUGGUUCAGGAUCCAACACUUGAUCAUUUGCUACCCGAAGCAAAGGUUCGUUUGGAGCUUUAUCAAGCAAGGGGUAGUAGUAGAGGAUACCAUUAAACACUCACUCUUCUAAUAGAUUGGCAAAAGAGCUGUAUUUCCAACUCUAACUCUCUUCUAAAGUUUGAUGAAUGUACAUAAUUUGAGGUUAA